AUGGCUUUGGCGGCUGCUCUGGCUCUAUCCGGUGUCCCGUUGGAAGAUUUGACCAACGAAUUCCAAGAUGGCGUAAUCGACGCCAUUUUGAUACUGAAAAAAUCGAAAACGCCGGAUCCUUCUCCUUCGACAUCGCCCGAUUCUUCGACGCCCACCUCACCGACGAGCAGUUGUUUUUCGGACAACAGCGAAAUAUCUUCUUCGACCAAAAAGAUAUCUUCUUCAGCAAUAUGUCGCCGGAGUUUUACUCACUACCAAUUCGAUAUGAUUGAUGACUUUUUUACGAACAUGGACUUUCUGUCGCAGUUUCCCUACGACUUGCAGUUUUCAUUCUGCGACAGGAAAGUGUUGUACCAGAACAGGGACCUCAUGGAUUUGGCGGGGAACUUGAGAGAAACGUCGAAUUGGAUGUGCCGUCCAAGUGACUGCUCAUCGACGAACGAAUCCAGUGAAAUAUCCUUGCAAACGUUUUCUGACAGUUUUUAUAGCAAGUCGCCGGUGGGAGAUAGGCCGGGAUCGUUGCAAUGCAUGGUGUCUUGCAGCGAAAAUGAUUGUAGUUUUACAGAACCCGCGUUGGAUGAACAGUUUGAAGGUACUUUGAAUCAAAUUUUAUGA